CAAAGACUUAUAGAUGACCUGGAGCCAGUGGGUUUGGCGAAGAAUAUGUAGUGAGGGCCAGCCGAUUAGAGCAUACAGGUCGUAGUGGUGGGUGGUAUAUGGGGCUUUGGUGACAAAACGGAUGGCACUGUGAUAGACUGCAUCCAGUUUGCCGAGCAGAGUGUUGGAGGCUAUUUUGUAAAUUACAUCGUCGAGGAUCGGUAGGAUAGUUAGUUUUACGAGGGUAUGUUUGGCAGCGUGAAUGAAGGAGGAUUUGUUGCGAAGUAGGAAGCCGACUUUAGAUUUAAUUUUGGAUUGGAGAUGUUUAAAAUGAGUCUGGAAGGAGAGGUUACAGUCUAGCCAGACACCUAGAAUAUGUGGACAACUACAAAUACCUAAGUAAGAACUGUCCAGAGUAGUGAAUCUAGUCGGGGGGUGCGGGCAGCGAUCAGUUGAAAAGCAUGCAUUUAGUUUUCUUAGCGUUUAAGAGCAGUUGGAGGCCACGGAAGGAGUUUUGUAUGGCAUUGAACCUCUUUUGGAGGUUUGUUAACACAGCGUCCAAAGAAGGGCCAGAUGUAUACAGAAUGGUGUCAUCUGCGUAGAGGUGGCUCAAUGAAUCACCCGCAGCAAGAGCAACAUCGUUGAUGUAUACAGAGAAAAGAGUCAGCCUGAGAAUUGAACCCUCUGGUACCCACAUAGAGACUGCCAGAGGUCCAGACAACAGGCCCUCCGAUUUGACACACUGAACUCUGUCUGAGAAGUAGUUGGUGAACCAGGCGAGGCAGUCAUUUGAGAAACCGAGGCUGUUGAGUCUGCCGAUAAGAAUACGGUGAUUGACAGAGUCGAAAGCCUUGGCCAGGUCGAUGAAGACGGUUAUGAUACCAUUUAGUACCUUGAGCGUGGCUGAGGUGCAACCGUGACCAGCUCGGAAACCGGAUUGCAUAGCGGGGAAGGUACGGUGGGAUUUGAAAUGGUUAACUUUGCUUUUGAAGACUUUAGAAAGGCAGCGCAGGAUUGAUAUAGGUCUGUAACAGUUUGGUUCUAGAGUGUCACCCCCUUUGAAGAGGGGGAUGACCGCGGCAGCUUUCCAAUCUUUAGGAAUCUCGGAUGAUACGAAAGAGAGGUUGAACAGACCGGUAAUAGGGGUUGCAACAAUGGCAGCGGAUAAUUUUAGAAAGAGAGGGUCCAGAUUGUCUAGCCCAGCUGAUUUGUACAGGUCCAGGUUUUGCAGCUCUUUAAGAACAUCUAUUAUCUGGAUUUAGGUGAAGGAGAAGCUGGGGAGGCUUGGGCAAGUAGCUACAGGAGUUGCGGAGUGGUUGGCUGGGGUUGGGGUAGCCAGGAGGAAAUGGACUUUACAGUGUCCCAGAACUUUUUGGAGUUAGAGCUACAGGAUGCAAAUUUCUAUUUGAAAAAGCUAGCCUUUGCUUACCUAACUGACUGCGUGUAUUGGUUCCUGACUUCCCUGAAAAGUUCCAUAUCACAGGGACUAUUCGAUGCUAGUGCAGUCUGCCACAGGAUGUUUUUGUGCUGGUUGAGGGCAUUCAGGUCUGGAGUGAACCAAGGGCUGUAUCUGUUCUUCGUUCUACAUUUUUUGAAAGGGGCAUGCUUAUUUAAGAUGGUGAGGAAAUUACUUUUAAAGAACGGCCAGGCAUCCUCUACUGACGGGAUGAGGUCAAUAUCCUUCCAGGAUACCCGGUCCAGGUCGAUUAGAAAGGCCUGCUCGCAGGAGUGUUUUUCGGGAGCGUUUGACAGUGAUGAGGGGUGUUCGUUUGACCGCGGACCCAUAGCGGACGCAGGCAAUGAGGCAGUGAUCGCUGAGAUCCUGAUUGAAAACAGCAGAGGUGUAUUUGGAGGGCAGAUUGGUCAGGAUAAUAUCUAUGAGGGUGCCUGUGUUUACGGAUUUAGGGUUGUACCUGGUGGGUUCCUUGAUAAUUUGUGUGAGAUUGAGGGCAUCUAGCUUAGAUUGUAGGACUGCUGGGGUGUUAAGCAUAUCCCAGUUUAGGUCACCUAACAGAAUGAACUCUGAAGAUAGAUGGGGGGCAAUCAAUUCACAUAUUGUGUUCAAGGCACAGCUGGGAGCUGAGGGGGUCUAUAACAGGCGGAAAAAGUGAGAGUCUUAUUUCUGGAGAGAUUCAUUUUUAAAAUUAGAACAUGAACACAGGGGUGUCAAACUCAUUCCAUGGAGGGCCGAGUGACUGCUGGUUUUUGGUUUCUCCUUUCAAUUUGUGUGCAAUUAAGACCUACAACCAAGUGAUGGAAGUUCCUAACUAAUCAGUGACCUUAAUUCAUCAAGUACAAGGGAGAAGUGAAAACCAGCAGACAAUCGGCCCUCCAGGGAAUGAGUUUGACACGUGCCUUAACAUUUAACCAGUGUUUCCCAAACUCGAUCCUUGGAACACAAAGGGGUGCACGUUUUGGUUUUUGCCCAAAGCUUGAUGAUUAGUUGAUUAUUUGAAUCCUUUCUGUAGCGCUAGUGAAACACGUGAGUUACACGAGGAGGUCCGUUACACCAAAAGGUCCGAACCGCUUGAAGAGUUCCCUAGGUGUUGCUUUAACAUCGCUACAAUAUACAAUCAGUUUAUUAAAUGACAUCCAAAGUGGCCAGCCCACUCAGGCAGGCUGCUGGCCUCUCUCUGGUGGGCACUGUGAGGACCUGCCUAACACAUGACAGCUGCUGAUAAGAUUAUUCAAUAACGGAUAUUGCCCAGUGUACAUGAGUCAUCGUGCAAUAGUAUUCCUUCACACCUCUGACAAGGCGUGUGGUGUUUGCUGUUUUGAUGCAUGCAGCUCUAGAGAAUAUAUAGCGUGAUUGUCCUAGCACGGGCCUUCCCUAGAAUCAAGAGUCCCUAUUCUCAUUCUAGUGUAUUCCAUGGUCUGAGAAUGUAUUGUCCACUUGCAUGUCUCCACACCGCCUCACCUUGCUGUAGAGUGAUGGCGUCCAGCUCCCCCAUGGUGAACGGGGACAUCUCCCGGGGUCCUGGCUCUCACCCAGGCCACAGCCCCACCACAGGCACCCUGGAGGAAACGCUGCAGCAGAUGAACCGCCUCAUCCAGGAGAACCGAGACCUGAAGGAGGCGCUGAAGCAGACUAACAUGUCGAUGAAGGAGCGUUUUGAGGGUUUGUCUGUGUGGAGGGAUAAGCAGAGGGAGGAGAAGGACUUCCUGGAGGGGAGGCUUGAUGAGGCGCGCGGCCGUGUGGAGGCCCUCUCCUCGCACAACCAGGAGCUCAGCAUGAAGGUGGAGGAGCUGGAGGGAGAAGGGAAGGGACAGGCCGAGACAGCCAAUCAGAAUGCAGAACUGGAGGCGCUGCGUGCCCAGCUGGUGCGUCUGCAGGCAGAGAAGAGUGACCUGGUGGCAAUGAACUCUGAACUCCAGCUCAAGACAGGUCAGGGGUCAGAGGACGACUCCUUCAUAGAGAUCAGGAUUGCUAGAGAGGAUACUGGAAAGGACCUGUAUCAUAAUGAAAGGGACCCCAGGUAUGACAUGAGUGUAUCCAGGCAGGAGUCUGAGGAGCUGACUGUCAGCCAGCUGCUCCAGUCCCUGAGGAAGGAGACCCAGAGGGUGGAAUGGCUACAAAUCGAGCUCCAGGCUACCAAAUCCAGAAUCACAGAGCUGGAGAGGAAAGAAACUAACACGGAGAGCUCCACACAGACCUCACUACUGCCAGAGGUGGUUUCCCCAGCACUAGCCACCACAGCAUGUGGUACUGAACCAGAGGCGGAGCCCCAACAGAACUCUGGGAAGGAGAAGGCUGCGUCAGAGGUGGAGGAUCUGAAGGCUCAGAUGAUGACCCUGUUUAAUGAGCUACAGCAGGCUCAGAGCAAACUGGGCGAGGCAGAGGGCAUGAAGAAGAACCUGCAGGACAGAUGUAGGGAUGUGGAGCGCGACGUGGUGACUCUGACAGCCCAGCUGGUAGAGAAGCAGGAGGUACAGAGUGAGAAUGACCGACUGAAGCUGCAGGUGGACAGCAUGAAAGCCCAGAGCCAGCUAGAGCAGAGGAAGGCUGGAGAGGAGAGGACUAACCUGACCCAGCUGAAGGAUGCCUACACCAAGCUAUUCGAGGACUACAAUGAGUUGAAGCAAGAGAGCAAGAACAGAGAGCCACUUGUCACUAAGGAGGUGGGAGACCUGCAGACCAGACUGGACGCAGCAGAGAAGGCCCUGGCUGCUAAGCAACAGCAGAUAGAUGUUAUGAAGCAGGAGAUAUAUCAGAAGGAGAAGGAGCUGGAGACCAUCUCUGUGUUCCAGGCUCAGGCGGAGGUGUACUCCUCUGACUUCUACGCAGAGCGAGCAGCUCGGGAGAAGAUUCACGAGGAGAAGGAACGUCUGUUUGCUCAGCUGGAGUUUGUCAAGAAACAGAACACUCAGUUACAGGACGAGGUGGACUCACUGGGCAGGCAAUCUCUGAGCGAUAUGCAGAGAAGACACAUGCCACGUGGAGGCAACAUGCAGGGAGCCAGAGGUGGUGAUGCCAGGGACUGGCAGCAGCAGGGGAAUAUACCGGAGCACGUCUGCCCCAAGUGUAACGAGAUCCUACCAGACCUGGACAGCCUGCAGAUUCACAUCAUGGACUGCAUCAUCUGAGCUUUCAUCAUCGUCAUCAUCCCAUUUAUGGCAGAGUAAAAUGCAGUCUUUAUGCUCUAAAAAGUGCAUUUAUUUUGCAGUUCACGGCUAUGUUGCUCUGGUCUAUGUUUUAGAACAUAGAACUAUAAUAUAAAAUGUAUUAUUACAGUGCACAACUAGACACAUUCUUUUUUUUGUUAGAGGGGCGAAAAACAUCCUGUAAAAUGUAUCACGUUUAAUAUACUGUUAGGUGAUAAAUGGAGAACUGGAAUUUGUAUUUUAAGUUUGGUAACUUGUUUAUUUUCUCAUGACAGCUGUCUGUCACAUAGUUUAGAAUUAACUCUUUAGCAAGAAACAAUUUGGUUUAUUAAAUGCUUAUUAUGGAUUUUCGGGUGGUUCAAUUUAAUCAAGCUGUAAUUCUGUUUCGAUGAAGGUUAUGAAUAGAUUAUGAUUACAGCAUAGACAUUUCCUUUUGAAUAAUUCAACAGAGGGAAGGAUGCCCAAGACAGUUUGUUUUUUGUAAAUGUAUAUUGCACAUACAUUUCAUCCAUCAUCGUCAUGGUUUGUACAUGUAUAAUUAAACCUAUGUAGCCUGCAGGAAGUAUGACUAUGCAAGGGAGUGUGUACUGUAUUAGCUAACUACUAACUUCUGUAUCCAGAUGUAUUUACAAAUCCUGUGAUUCUGUAAAAUAAUGAAAAUCUGUAAUAAAGGUGUUAUUGGUACAGUA